GUAAAAUGGCUGAGUCGCUCAUGCGUGGAGUUUACUUUGGACCUGAAGAAAUAGAUCCUCCUAGCGAGGAAGAAGACAGUUCUAAUGUGGUCUAUUUUGAUUCAUCAAUCAGGAAGAUACAUAUAAAUGCUGAGAAGGAAAAUGAAUUUAACUACUUCAAAAUUCAAGAAUGGGAAGGAAUCAGGUCCAUUCUGGCCAACGCAAGGAAGCAACUCAAGUGCACGGGAGAGAAUUGAAAGGAACUCACUCAUAAGAAAAUUGCUGAUGUCAGCACAGGAGGUGACAAAGCUGAAUACUACUGAAAUGAUUGUUUCCGAAUAUUUGAUAACAGAUUUGGGAGCACCAACUUGGUUAUUGGAGAGGAACUGGACAAGUUAUAUGAAGCAUUAUUAGGCCUAAAGGAGUACCAAAAAGCCCACUAUAACUCUCUUGCCUACUCAGAGUCUAUCAUCGGUGAACCCAGGGGAAAGAGCAGAACUGAGUAUAAAGAUGCCUUUGAAAUGUGCCAAAAAUUACAGGAAGAAAUUAUCGGUUAUUGUGACCAAGGGUUUCACAAAUUACUCAAGAAUCUUAAGAGAAUCCAUUCUAAAAUCGCAUUUAUUAAGAAAAAGAUAGAUGACCAAGUCGAGAAAAUAGGAGAGCAAGUUGCUUAUAAACUUAGUGAGAUCAUUAUUCCUAAGGAUAAUAAAAUCUAUGACAAAGAUGGAUGCCUGGCCACGAAGAUCUUUUACACAAAGCUAGGUUUAGAAAGCGAAACGGAAAAGUACGAGAAGAAGCUAGAGAAAAGUGCCCAGGACCAAUUUGAGAAAGAGCAAAAGGAUGAAGGGGCUGCUAAGCAUUUGAUAAAUAAACACACCCCUUAUUGAUAUGAGUACCAUGACCAGUUUUUCAAGCGUGAAGAGGACUUCGGAACAGAUGCCUUGAAAUACAUCCAAUUUGGCGCACAAGGAAGAUCAAAUUUUCUUCAGGAACAUCAUCUCGUCCAAAUAGAUUUCGGGCAACUCAGGAGUAAAUUUCCUGAUCAUUUCUUGCAAGUAAAAUUGCCAGUUCUCAGAGGUCUUACUAUAAUGGGAGUGGAGAAGUUUGAAUCUGAAGUAGCAUUUGCACACAAAAUCAAAGUAUUCUUCAAGAAAAUAAUGCCUGAUUUCCUUGAUAUCCUCGAUCUGAGGGGAAGCGUCUACAAAAAUGCAGAGUUUAUUGACCAUAAUGUGGACCAACUGUGAAAGCUUAUCAAAAGAGGACGUAUUAGAAAGCACUUGCAGCUAGAACAUUUCAAAAUGAAGGAUGAACAGUUCAAUAAGAUAAUCAAUAGUUGUGCUAAUAAACUCGAAACAGUCAUUUUCAUGAACAACAAGAUAUACAGACCAACACCCAAGCCUGAUAGUGAUGAAGAGGAAAAGUAUGAAGAACUUAAAGAUGACUUAUUCGAUGAAGAUGAGGAAGAGGAAGAGAAGAAGGAAGAAAGCGUCUAUCUGGAGCCAGAAAUCAACCUAGAACCCCUUACCAAAUCCUAUGUCCUUUCCACUCUCACUUUGAAGAACAAUAAUUGGAGUAGAAAGCUUGUAGAGAGUGCCAAUAUGCUAUUCCCUGGCAAAUUCAGAGAGAAAAGAAAGAUCGCGAUUGAAUAAUAACAGUGUA